AUGGCCUGCAUGAGGGAGACUAUUCAUCCUGGAUUGCUUUUUGGCCCCCUCUACGGCAAUUUCACACUUCUUUCUUCUCUCCUGCUCUCUCCUCCUCCCAUCUUGCACAGCACACCCACGCUUACAACGCUUUGCCCUUGGCCGGCCCUCCCGCGUCGUUGCACAAGGCGUCAAAAGAGCUGCACCCUGAACCGGCACCACCGUCACGUUCGACAGGUGAACCUUCGGGAAGAAACUUCCAGUCUACUUCAUACUGUCCCUUCUUCCUGUACAUCUCUUGUCUUCGUCUUUAAGGUCAACUUUGCCGCCCUGUCCUACAAAACGGCGCGAAGCAACUGCACGAGAAAGGAAGACAAGAUCAGGAAGACAAGAUCAGUCCUACAAGUAGACAUCAUGAUGGUGCCUGCCGGCAGCGCCAUGGUUGAUCCGGCAUGUGCCAUUUGCAUCGCGCCGGCGGGUGAACGUUGUGGUUGUGAGGCAAAUGCCCUCGAACUCGCCAUUGCCCAGGCCGAGGAUCGAUACUUUAAACCAACUUGUAUCGAUGUCCGCUCCUGGGUCCGCCGUCGCGCGCGCGACUACAUCCUUGCAUACUUCCAUCUCAUAUCGGAGCCCUGCAAGGAUGCCCACUCGGUAUACCUCAACAUGAUCCAGGCCACCAGCUUCGCGCACUACAACGCCCCGCCAACCCCCGCGCAGUAUGCCUAUGCUGAGGCCGAGUACCGCCGCAACAUCAACCGGGCCUGGUCUAUCGCUGUCAAGCGCUACCCCGAGGUGCUCGACUACUUUUACUCUCUCGUCCACGUCACCCUCCCCGACGACGACGACCCCUCCGUCAUCGCGCCCCCCAUGGACCGCCUCAACGACCUCCGCGGUACGCAGCGGAGGGUCCUCGUCGGGCCCCGCCACGAGCCCGCCGCCCCGCGCUUCCCAAUGCCGCCCAUGGCCGGCGCCGGCCUGCCACCACACCCCGUGCCCCCGAUGCCGCCACACCCCGUCCCGUGGCCCACCCCGCCCCCGUCGCCGCACAUGUUUCCCCCGGGCUGUGGGCUGAUGCCAUGA